UGAGUAUUGGAAGUAGUCUGGGAAAGAGGAAGCAUUAGGUCAGUAGUCAGAAGAUGUUUGUGAAGUGAACAGCAUAUUGUACUAUUACGCCUGUCAGACCAAGUUUGCCUAGUGUGAACGUGCUUUGUUUUAUCACUCAGGGAAUACUACAGAUUUACACACGAGAUAUGAAGCUACAGUUAAAACCUGUGCUACUAGGUGUUGCGCUGGUAGCAAUAACAUGCAUGACCAUCAUCGCUCUAAUCCUCACCAUUGUUAAUCGUCAAAGUGCAGAACUGCCAUACUCAACCCAGUAUGGGAUGGUGUUUGAUGCAGGAUCCUCUCACACAGCACUCUUCCUCUAUCAAUGGCCAGCGAACAAAGAAAACAACACAGGAAUUGUCUCUCAGACUCUGACUUGUGACGUUAAAGGUGAUGGCAUAUCCAGUUAUGUUACCAAUCCUCCUGGUGCUGGAGGGAGCCUAAGAGAAUGCUUAGAUAUUGCAAUGGCAACAGUCCCUGCAAGUCAGCAAAGGACAACGCCUGCCUACCUGGGAGCCACAGCUGGCAUGCGACUUCUCAGUUUACAAAACAAAACUGUGUCAGACCAAAUACUCAGCGAAGUGACCAAAACUAUGCAGAGUUAUCCCUUUGAUUUUCGUGGGGCCAGAAUUAUCACUGGAAUGGAGGAGGGAGCCUAUGGCUGGAUCACUAUCAAUUAUCUUUUGGAGGGCUUCAUUAAGUAUGGAUUUGAUGGUAAAUGGAUUUACCCUAAAGCUGGGAAUAUUUUAGGAGCUCUGGACUUAGGUGGUGCAUCCACUCAGAUUUCCUUCAUACCAAAAGAUCCAGUGAAAGACCCACAGUCUGCUUUUGACCUCCAGCUCUAUAACCACAGGUAUCAGUUGUACACACACAGUUACCUGUGCUAUGGCAAAGAUCAAGCCCUGAAAAAGCUCAACGCUUAUCUUCAGAAGACUGCUAGCAACUUCACUGUUAUCAACCACCCAUGCUACCACAGAGGCUACAAUCUUACAGUGAAGCUGGGGAACAUUUAUGACUCUCCUUGUGUGGUCAAGCCAACCCCCUAUGACCCCUUGACACAGGUCACUUUCCUAGGGACUGGUAAUUCAGCACUCUGUGUGUCACUGAUAGAGAAUAUUGUAAAUGUGACAAACUGUUCGCUUUACCCAGACUGUGGUUUCGAUGGAGUUUACCAACCUCCUGUUCAUGGAGAGUUUUUUGCCUUCUCUGCAUACUUCUAUACCUUUGACUUCCUUGGUCUUGCACCAAAAGCUUCAUUGUCUUUUGUUAAUUCCACCAUUGAAUCUUUCUGCAACAAAAACUGGACGACACUUGUGUUCGAAUAUCCAAAGGUGAAAGAGAAGUACCUUAGAGAUUACUGUUUUUCUGCUCAGUAUAUCAUGGUUAUUCUCCUCAAAGGAUAUAAAUUCGGGACCAACUGGGAUAAGAUCUCCUUUCAGAAACAGGUGGCAGACACUGACAUAGGCUGGACUCUGGGCUAUAUGCUGAACCUCACUAAUCUGAUCCCCUCUCAUCACUCUCUAGUGGUAACAGGGGUCCAGACCAGUCAAUGGGCAGCAGAGGUUUUCUUCAUUGUCUUUGCACUUUUUCUCAGCCUGCUUAUUAUUACCAUUUUCUGUGUAUGGGGUCCAGCUACAUAGAGAUGCAUAUUGUGUAAUUAUGUGAAUAAUAUCAAGAUGGGGAUAAAGCACAUUUUUAUUUCUCAGUUUAAUUUCAGUUGUUUUCAUAUUCAGCUCAAUACGUUUUAAGAACACCACAAGGUUUAUAUAACUUAUUUCACAUGAUUUAUUGCAAAAUGCAGUUAUAAAAUGAUAUUCUGGCCUACAGUGAAUUCAGAACAAUACUAAGGAAUAUACAGUAACAGUAAACUGCAUCUGUAACCCACCAGUUUCCGACAGAAUUGUUAAAUUUCAUGGAACAGCAGAAAGCACAUAAAAAUAGGUUAAUUAAAUAAUGCAUGCUUAUUAAGAAUUGAUUAAAAAUGGAUGAAGACAAUCAAAUAUAUAUAUAUAAAAAUAGAGUAAAUAUUAUUAUAUUCUCAUUACACAUUUUGUACACAUAGUAUAUUUGAUAAAGUAUAUGGACAAAGAUGUGUGUGUGUGUGUGUGUUUACAGCAUAAAAGUUUUCAACAGCAACCUGACUUCUUAUUUUGUGGCUUUGGUUGCAAUGUUGUAUAUUCCUCCUCUUUCCUCACUCCCUGUUUUACCAGUAACCUAGUGAUAAUAAGAAACACACAGAGUGAGCAAGUUGUUUCAUAAUAAAAUAUAAAACUGAGUUAAUAGACAUUAUUUUUGCCUUACCAUGCCAGAGUCUUCAGAGAUUCUGACACAUUCUCACCAGUUGCAACACUGCACUCCAUAAAAUGAAUGUCAUACUCCUGUGUUGAAUAAAAAAUGAAACGGU